GGGGAGUGCGGCGAUGGCUGUGGCCGUGGGCAGAGCGGCGGUGGGUGCGGGCGCGGGGGGCUGCGGGGGGAGUGGGCUGCGUUGCGUUGUGUUGCGUUGCGCUGCGCGGAUGUGUGUGUGGGGAGGGGGACGCUUUGCGCAGCCCGAGCGCUCCUGGGCUGCCGGGCGGCGGGUUGGUGGCUGUCGUUCAGUUCGUUCGUUCAUUCGUUCGUUUUCUUAUUGAUUUAUACCCGUGCUCAGAGAGACAAAGGGGUUCGCUUUUGUAGGGAGAAGGGAGGGAAAUAAUCAGCGCAAAAACUCAUACGGUCUGAUGUGGGGGGAAAAAAGGAGUCUGAGAGCUCCGCUUGCAGAAGCGCGAGUGGAGCUCCGCCGCGCCCCGCUGGAGGGAGAGAUGCGCUCCUGUGCGCUGUCGGCCGGCGGAGGGAGAGAAGGAGGGGGCUCGGCCCACCCGCCUGCAACUUUCUCAGUGCCUGCGAGCGAGGCAGAUGGGGCUGAGGGCUGGAAUGCGGCCCCUCGUGCCGCGUGUGGGAUGCGAGUGGGGUGGGGUGAGGUGAGGAGGUCUCCUUUAACGUUUGUUUCCGGACCUGCCGGGCAGUUGCUGUUCUUAGUGGCGUGUGUGCCGCGUUCAUUCUCUUCAACCUCUGCUCACCCUCUUGUGCUUUUGGUGAGCCGCGGUCAUGAGCGAUCUCAAAACAGCAUUCCCAGCAGCCUGCGUGGUGGUUUCACUGCGUGCAUUCUGGCUGCAGAAAGUGUCCGUCAGCGUGAGAGCCGUGUGUGUGUGGCAGGAGGGCUGAAGGGCUUCUUUGCAAGCAGCUUCUGGGCAGGCUGCGUGCCUUAAAAUCGUUAAGGCUGGAAAAGACCUCUAAGAUCAUCCAGUCCAACCAUCAGCUCAUCCCCACUAACCGCGUCCCUCAGUGCUACGUUUCUUGAACACCUCUGUCCUCCGGGGUCGGUGCUUUUAGAGGCGUUUUACCCCGAGGGAACAAGAGAUGGAGGAAAGUGGGCUGAUGUUUGGUAGGUGCUGGAAGCUUAUCUCAUAUCCCUUCUUAUCUAAUCCCUUCUGCUGCCUCUUUGCAUGCUGCUGUGUUGGUAGGGAGGCUGGGGAAAUGAUUACAUAGUGAAGCUGAUGGGCAUUUGCCUUUUCAAGCUCUUAAUGAGUGUAACUUUAAGGGCACAGAGCCCUACCCUUUGUUGGGGAUAGGGUUGAAGGAAGGGGGAAAGAAAGGAGAAUGGAUCAAGAAGGGAGUUGGUUUGAUUUCUUAAAACUGAGAUAACGUUCCCAAGUCAUAAUCUUCCCCAUUCUGAUGGGAUACAGCGUUAUGUUAAUUGUAAAAGCAUGCAUAAAAAAUAGCUUCCUCGAGCUGCUCUGAAGUGUCUGUGCUUAAUUGUAGCUGAGUAGGGUGUGUUUCGGUGGGAUGGGUGGCUUUCAUUUUAAGGCCCCAAUCCCACAGAUGUGAAUGCACAUGUAUAUCAUACUGCCUGUAAUUUCGUUGACUUAAUAGAAGCUGAUCUCAGUAUGUGAAUGUAAAGGUGUGCAUAAGCAAAACUUCUGCAGGAUUGGUGCCAGGAGCUGCCAUGGGACCUUACACAUGGCUUUCAUCAGCUGUAUGCUUAAGCAUUCCUCUGAGUGGCUGUGUGCAUAUGGUCAUCUGCUCUGGCUCUGUCAGAGAUUAGCCACUUGCAUCCCCCUAGAUAGGGGACCAUCCUUCUCUUGGGCUAAUUCCAACCAUCUUGACCAGUUCUGGAUGGUAUCUCAGCAGUUCAGAGUGUGGAAGAGGGCUCUGUCUUCCAUCCCCUGUUCUUUAUUUGUUUAUCCUAAAUGUUUACAGAACUGUAGCCUGGGCUGGCUGAAGGAGCAACACUAACAUAAACAUACAUGUACUAUUACCUCCACCUCCUGCAAGUCAAACAAAGUGAUGGAAGAUGAAGCUGGAAUGCAAAUUUUGUGGAGGGGGCCAUGGAGGAGAAUGUUAUCCAAGGGAAAAGAAACAGCGCAGUGCACUCCUCAGUCUGUUUUGAAAAUUGUUUAUAAUGAGAGAUUGCCAGUUUCCAUGGACGGGAGGGAAUGAAAAAGGAAAAGGUACGGGGGGGACUGAUGGAGCUGAAGAAUUGGUGGAUUUUGACUUUUGCUGUGGGGCAGCAUCUUCAGGAAGUCAUUUCCACGUGCGCUGGAGAAUGGAGCAGAGCCACCAGGCUCCCUGUUUUUUCAUGGUGAAAUGAGGGACAAAAACGGUGGUCUUCAUCUUUGAGGGUGUUUGUGUGCUUGUCUGGAGGUCCUUGCUGAUGAAGGUGGGUCUGAGAGAUGCUGGGAAUGAGAUGGACUGUGGGUGGAGAUCCUUGGAAGAGCCUUCUCUUGGUAAGGCAUGGGAAGAGGCUGCUUGGAGAAAUAGUGGAAUCAUCAUCCAUGGAGGUGUUCAAGAAUCAUGUAGAUGUGGCAUUUAGGCACGUGGUUUAAUGGGUAUGGUGGUGAUGGGUUAAUGGUUGGACUAGAUGAUCUUAGUGGUCUUUUCCAAUCUUAAUGAUUCUAUGACUGUGUUGCUAAGAUCGUGAGGAAUUGGUUUGAGUGUCUGAGUAAUGCUCUGAAAUAAUGAUACAUAUUGAUUAAGCAGCAUGCAUCUGACAAGUGAAAUACUUACUCAUUGCUGAGGCUUUGUGCCCCCUUCCCAUCCUCCCAGUCUCCAGGAAAGACGGAUGGCUGCCCUGGCUGCCCAGCCGAGGGCUGUUUGAAGAUGUGCCCUUGGUGUGCUGCCCCCUCUCUAAAGGUUGCACUGAGCGUAGGCAUGAGGCUGUGCAGCAGCUUGUGGCUCUCCUUGCAGGGGAGAUGCAGAAAGGGUCAGGGUCUUAUCCUAGUUUCUGCCUUGACUGGCCUUGUUGAUUUGGUUUGUCUCCAAGCUCCAACCCCCUUAAGCUGCAAUGCCUCUUGCAGGAGUACCCAGCGAAGCAAUUUCACCUCAGAGCCGUUGGGUAUGGCCAGGUGAUUUAAAAUAAACAAAUGCUGCAACAGUUCUUCAAGCUUUUUUUAGUACAGUUUCCAGCUCUCUGAACAGCUCUCCAGCCUGCUGUACAAAGUGAUGCGUGAUAAUGGCUCAGACAAACACCGCGGUGCUGUUGGCAUUCAGUGCUAACGCUGGUCGAGAGCACUCCUGAUCAGAAACAGAAAACCAAAUGCAGGGUCUCGGCGAAGAGCAAUAAUGCUAAUAAAAAAAAAGAUUGCUCUGAACAUUUCUUCUCCUAGUAAAGGCUGUUAUUGCCACUAAACUAGCACAACUGUGCUGUACCCUGUGAUUGAUAAGGAGUCCCAGAGAUAGCUCGGAUCUUAUUUAAAAACAGAGGCUGCUUCUGCCUCUGGAGAAGUGACUGUGUGACCUUAGGAGCUGAACCUGCACCACAUGCUUCUGAGACUGCUGAAAAUCUGGAGGAGCUGAAUCUUUUCCUGAAUGAUGACCUUAGGAACCUGUCCCUCUCCGGCCAUGUGGGCUUUGACAGCCUCCCUGAUCAGCUGGUCAACAAGUCAACGUCACAGGGCUUCUGCUUCAACAUCCUCUGCGUGGGUGAAACUGGCAUUGGCAAGUCAACGUUGAUGGACACUCUGUUCAAUACAAAAUUUGAAAGCGAGCCUGCUACACACAAUGAGCCUGGUGUGAGAUUGAAAGCCAGGAGUUACGAGCUCCAGGAGAGUAAUGUCCGUCUGAAGCUGACCAUUGUUGACACGGUUGGAUUUGGAGAUCAAAUUAACAAAGAUGACAGCUACAAGCCCAUAGUGGAGUACAUCGAUGCACAGUUUGAAGCCUACUUGCAAGAAGAGCUGAAGAUCAAACGAUCCCUGUUCAAUUACCACGACACCAGAAUUCAUGCCUGCCUGUAUUUCAUUGCACCAACUGGACACUCGCUGAAAUCCCUAGACUUGGUCACCAUGAAGAAGCUCGACAGUAAGGUGAACAUCAUCCCCAUCAUUGCCAAGGCCGACACCAUUGCAAAAAACGAGUUGCACAAGUUCAAGAGUAAAAUCAUGAGCGAGCUGGUCAGCAACGGCGUCCAGAUCUACCAGUUCCCAACAGAUGAAGAGACAGUGGCCGAGAUCAAUGCCACAAUGAGUGUCCACCUUCCAUUUGCCGUAGUUGGCAGCACUGAAGAAGUGAAGAUUGGCAACAAGAUGGCAAAAGCCAGGCAGUACCCCUGGGGUGUUGUCCAGGUUGAAAAUGAAAAUCACUGUGACUUUGUGAAGCUGCGGGAGAUGCUGAUCCGAGUGAACAUGGAGGACUUGAGAGAGCAGACACACACCCGACACUACGAGCUGUACAGGCGCUGCAAGCUAGAAGAAAUGGGAUUCAAGGACACAGAUCCAGACAGCAAGCCUUUCAGUCUCCAAGAGACUUAUGAAGCAAAGAGGAACGAAUUCCUGGGCGAACUCCAGAAGAAGGAGGAUGAAAUGAGGCAGAUGUUCGUCAUGAGAGUGAAAGAAAAGGAAGCGGAAUUGAAAGAAGCUGAGAAAGAUCUUCAUGAAAAGUUUGAUCAUCUAAAGAGGACUCACCAAGAGGAGAAGAAAAAAGUGGAAGACAAAAAGAAGGAGCUUGAGGAAGAGCUGAACAACUUUCAAAAGAAGAAGGCAGCAGCUCAGCUAUUACAGUCACAGGCUCAGCAGGCAGGUUCUCAACAAACCAAGAAAGACAAGGACAAGAAAAAUGCAAGCUUCACAUAAAGCCUGUCAAGCCAAGGAUGUUCCUGCAUUCACCUGCUUUUGCAGUAAUGUUUCUGCCAUCUGUUUUUUCUUUUUUUUCUUUUUUUUUUCUGUUCAUUUUUAACCUCAGUAACUAUUAACUCAUCUAAUAACGUAGUGGGAACAAGAAGGAGGAAGGGUUGGGUGCAGGACUUUGUGCAGCAGGAAACUGAGGGGGGGAGGAAGGGAGGGAAGCAAACGAUACCACCUAUUUUUCUGAUCCGUACCAGCAAUGGUAAAUCACUCUUGGCUCAGGGUCUGAACUGAGUCAGGGCUGGAGUUUAAUUCUACCUGUAUCCCUUCAGUAGCUAAAGUGUUAGAGCAAAAUGAGCCCUGCUGUCGGGGUGGGAUAAGGGGAGGGGGGUAUCUGUGUGUAGAUAACAAAAGUUUAACUGACCUUGCAUGCUAUUACAUUUGCAUGAUCUUUUAUUUUAUUUUAUUUUAUUUUAAAUUAGCUGCUGUUUUUGUUGUCUGACUGGAAGAUAUUAGUUGGGCUGGGUUUGUUGUCAUGUGCUGGCAUAUUUUUACAGCCACCCUUUCAGCAGCAUAGCAGCUCCUUGCUGAAUGCGGUGGUGGGAACUGAGUUGUGCUGCAGGUACCUGGAAAAGGGACCUCUUUUCAUGCUUCCCAUGCAUUGCUUGCCAUUGAAACCCAACUUAAAAGAGUUCUGGGUUCUUAGACUGUUAUCAAGAUGUAGCAAGCCCUAAGGAAUGAAAUACCCAGUCAGGGGAAGGCGUACCCUUCAACAUCCCCCUGCUGCCUUUGGGAGCGUUCCUGCAUGCACAUAAAUACAACCCCUGUAGCUGAAGGAUCCAGGUUUCCAUGCUGAGAGAAUGCUGUUUUACCAACCAAAUGGUGGUUAACGUAAAAGGUGGGAAUUAGGGUCCCCAUCCCUGGAGGUGCACACUCCAGAGCAGAAAAUGCGCCAGUUCCUGAACGUUGAUGGAUGACUGCCCCAUUGCCUGAAAAGCAUCAGAAAGGUUAACGCCUCCAACCCUGGGGAGCUUUGCACAGCGGGUUACAGCUUGAGAGAAGGGCUUUCUCCAGGCAGAUUCAUGUUGAGGAGGGGCCAGAGGUUUGUCCCAGCCUGCAAGUGACUCGAGCUCCUUGCAGGGAUGGAGAGCGGCCGAGCGGGGAGAUGUGACAUACAAACGAGACACCUCUAGCAUAACCAGGCCUCACUCUGUGGCCAGCACGGUGUGAAAUCAGUCUGCUUAAUGUCUAUUUUCUAUGCCAUUGCUCUUUGGACAGAAUCUUUCCCUUCCUACCCAAGAAGUGGCGAGCCAUGCUUACCCUUUGACUGCUGGAUUUCUUUCUGUUCUGCUGAUGUACUGCCAGCAUUCCCUCUGCUCCUAGCUAGGUAGUCUCCUCUUUCUUUCUUUAAAGCACUCCUAAAAAUAACUCCCUCCACCUGAGUCUCACGCACUGUAGUUCAUUGCUUGCUUCUGGGAUGGAAUUUCCUGCCUCUCUGGAUGUUCAAAAAAAGUCAGAGUUGUCACCUUUUUCUGAAACGAGUCAGCAUUAGCCACAUUUUUUGGAGAGUUGACUUUAUUUAUUUGAGUUUUUUAAGCUUGUGCUUUCUAACCCUUACCACUUAAACAUGGCUUUGGGAAGAGGAAAUGCAAACGCAGCCUCGUGAACAGGCAGCAGAAAUUGGAGAUGAGUAAGCUGGGAAUAAAAGCCGCCGUCUUUUCUUUUCCUUGCGCCUCCUGGUCUUAACAACCACGAUGUGCUUCCACCAGGUUAAAUACGUUUCUUAGGGAGCUAUUUAGAAAGAUGAAACUGUGGCCCUUCUGGCUUCUGGCAAACUCAAGUUUAAAAUCUUGAGUUAUCAAGGGAGAAAUCUGUUUGCUGGCACGAGUUAUUUAGUCACAUCACACGCUCCUGUCUCAAGCCUGAAUGCUCGUGGCAGUUUGCUUUGCUUCAGCUGUCUCUGUGCACGUCCUCUCUUUAAUUACCAGCGCUUUGUGCCAAGCAGAAAACUUAAUGUUACCACUUAUUUGUCCUGCUUCCUUUGACAGCCUUUCCAAGGGAUGUUGGCAGGGGAAGUCAGCUGAGUCUAGCGGUUUUGGGUUCUUUGACAGGAAGCUGUGGCCAAAUGCAUUGAUGUCUUUUUGAUUGGGUUUCUUCCUCCUAACCAGAAGCAGGCUGUUCUGGGGAAACUGGGCUUAAACCGUAACCUUGCUAUAAGUGAAAGGUAUUGCUUUGUUUUCUCUGCCAAAAGAGACGUUAAAACCUUUUUCUCCUCAGUCCCCCGGGCCAUGUUUAGCUGGUUAUUGCUGCACUUCUUUCUUUUCUUUACUUACGCCUUUUUUCACAGUAGUCCCUGGUUCUGCAUGGAGUAAGCGAUGCUUUCAGUCUAGCUGGAUAUGCUUUCACCCUGCAUGUAAGUACCACAGUAAGAGAUGCACCUUCCCGCUCACCGCUGGUAUGGGCAAACCGGUUGUGUUUUUCUGGGGGCUUCUUUAAGUCCACUUACUUACAAGUGGCGUUGUUAAAAACCAUUUAGAAACUUUCUGUAACAACCUGCUUUUGCUGAGAUUUUGAAGGGGGAAUUAAAAAAAAAAAAGCCAUAGGGAACAUAACAGUCCAGCUGCUGUUGAAUGUCUGAAGUUACCCUGCUCAGCUCCUGUGCGGGUCUGCUGGUGACAGUGGGGACAGAGGCGUGCUUGUGUUGCUCACGAGGCAUCGCAAACGUCAGCGUGGUGAAGCAGUGAUGAUCAGUAGCUGCUAAUGCUGCACUGUCCCUGACACUGAUAUAAUCAUGGGAACAGUAGAGAUGAGCAGGAAAGCAUAGGGGCAUGUGUAUUUUUGGGAUGCUGGUGUUCCCUGCGCAGGGAAUGAGCCCAGAAGUGAGAAGGGAACACAAGGCAGGCCACCGAGAGGGCUGCGAUGGCUCUGCAGAGGUGGGCACGUGUGUGUCCAGUAGGGCAGGGGGUUACCUUCUGGGAAGGCAGUGAGUAGCACCCAGCCCACGCUUCUCCGUGGCCCAAAAACCACAGUAUGGGUUGCACUGCGGCGUGUGUACUUUUGCCAGCUUGAAGUCCCGUCAAGGAGAUUUGUAUCUCGGUGUGUCUCUUAAGCAUGCCCUUACCUGACACGAAGCAGUGUUUCUGUGGGCAGUUCUCAUCCUGCUUCUCCUUAAGGCGUCCGAGUGCGGAUGGAAAUGUCUUUCUGUGUGUGCCAUACCAGGUGUGUCCAUCUGAACCCAGCUACCACUCGCCCUCUGAGAAGUCAGCAGUGCACGCUUGUCUCUCUGCAAGGGCCCUGGCUGCAUUUGCAGCAUGCCAGAUCCACGUCACUCUUGUUGGCAUGGGACAAUACAGAUAUGAAGGGUUUUUUAAUUAACGGAAAACAAAGCUGUGAACAGCGGUAGAAAUAUUGUAUUUGUAUACAUUUUUAAUAUUCUGAUUGCCUUAAACUAUAGAUGUAGAACUUUAUUACCUUGCUACUUGAGAAUAACCCAUGUUUGUUACUAAACAAUUGUGUAACCUACCUACAGUGUUAAUGCAAAUGACAUGUAUGCAUCUGUUAGACAUUGUCACUUUAUUUGAUGUUAAAGUAUUUUUUUUUUUUAAUUACAAAUUGAAUAAUAA